UUUGAUUCAUGAGUUGUUUGUUAGAUUAUUUUUGAAAAACAAAAUGAAUCACAGUAAUUAACUAAUUGUGGUGGUAUCAGAUUUAAAAGUACUUAUUACACUAAUACAGAAUCGGCAUCUGACGUGAUGUGAUCUUGCUUUUGCGGGUGGAAUGUGCGUUUUUUUGAUUGACGAAUUCCGUGUAUAAAGAAGGAAUCUUAAAUAGACUUUUGAUGUCGGGGUCGUGUACAAAAAUAACAUUGCUUCGUCGCAACUCGCAACCAGUCUGGCGGUGAUUCCGGCUCCAUACGUCAUGAUGGCCACUAAAAUUAUAUUUCGUGUUUCUUUGAUUGUUAUGGGAAUCCAUGCUGCACCACCAGCUGACGAAAACCUACCCCCGCGCCCUAAAGAAGGAGGAGUCACUACACGGUUCUGUGAAUUCUACAAUAACACUUUACCAGAGCCUUGUGAUAGAACAAAGAAUGAUACAUGUAUCCCGAAGAUAGUCAAGGAAGAAUGCCAACCUCUAGAGGCAGAUAAAAGCAAUCAUUGCUUUACACUAUGGCAAUUUGAUAAUACAACAAACACGGCCACAGUCAAAGUUAAAGGGUGUUUCCUAGAUACUGUUGCAUGCAAUGACAGAUCAUCCAACUGCCGUUUGCAUAACAUGAAAUUACCUUUGCUUCAUUGUUGCUGUGAAGGUGAUAUGUGUAAUGAGAAUGCCACCUACCCAGGCUUAGAGGCUAGUAUGACAUCACAAACUGAUAUUCCUCCUGAACGUGUGCCAGCUUCACCUGUACCAACACCUGAUGAUGAUACAAAGAGAGUAUUAGCAUAUACACUAACACCACUCUUUAUUUUGUUUGCUGUAUUUGUGGGAUGCUAUCUUUUAUAUAGAAAGCGCAAAGGUGGUUCAUUUGCAGAGUUAGCUAGUGGUGAGGCAUCAUUGUCCCGACCACCUUCAGCCGGGGCUGGAGUGGAAAAUGAUGGUACCAGUUUGCAAGGACAAGUGACAUUAUGUGAAGUUAGGGCUCGAGGCAGAUUUGGGGCUGUGUGGCGUGCCAAGUUGGGUCAGAGUGACGUAGCUGUUAAAGUCUUCCCAUUACAAGACAAGCAAUCCUGGUUGGCUGAGCAAGAAAUAUACAGAUUGCCACGUAUGGAUCAUCCAGAUAUUUUACAUUACAUUGGUGUUGACAGGACUGGAGAUAACUUACAAGCGGAAUAUUGGCUUGUUACUGAAUAUCAUGAGAAAGGAUCCCUAUGUGACUACUUAAAAGCGCACACAUUCACAUGGCCGGAAGCGUGGCGAGUGGCAGCCAGUGUAGCGCGUGGUCUCGCCCAUUUACAUGAAGAGGGGAGCGGCAAGCCUGCAAUAGCACACAGGGACUUCAAAUCCAAGAAUGUCCUCCUCAAAGCGGAUUUAAGCGCUUGCAUCGCUGACUUUGGGCUGGCUCUUAUAUUCGUCUCUGGUCACGGAUGUGGGGACGCGCACGGUCAAGUAGGAACACGACGUUAUAUGGCGCCAGAAGUGCUCGAUGGAGCUAUUAACUUUACGAAGGACGCCUUCUUAAGAAUUGAUAUGUACGCGUGUGCGCUGGUGCUCUGGGAAAUUGUUUCAAGAUGUGAGGCGGCUGGUAUUGACCUAACCGCGCAAUACCGAUUACCUCUGGAAGAGGAAGUGGGUUCGCAUCCCGGCCUAGAAGAAAUGCAGGAGACAGUCGUUCAAAGGAAAAUGCGGCCACACAUACCGCCUCAGUGGAGAGAUCAUCCAGGUUUGGCAGUCCUUUGUGACACAAUGGAGGAGUGCUGGGACCACGAUGCCGAAGCACGUCUAUCAGCGUCAUGUGUGCUUGAACGCAUCGUCGCUCAGAGACCAACAACGAAUCAGCCCUCUCUGACACCCGACACUACCCCACUGCUAAUUCACGAGUUGAAUGACCCCCAACCCUGCUGACCGCUGCUUGACGACCUUCCAUUGAUACAGUUUUGAGAGGUUUCAUACAAUUGAAAGAACAAGAAUAGAAAAUCUUUAAAUUGCAAUCGGAUUAUAAAGGAACACCUAAAAUAACAAACCAUUUUUUUAGUUGUGUGUCGAGUUGCAAGUUACUAGCCAUGGUCAAAAGUAAACGGAAAAAAGGCGGUACAUAAAUAAAUAGAUUUAUUGAUCCAAACCACCAGUCUGGUUUCGUUCGACAAAAUUUUUUACUUUCCGUUGAAAAAUGCUGUUUUGUGAUGCUAAAAUCAUAAAGAAUCUUCUAGGUGGCUAUAGGAAAAUUACGGACUCCAAAGUAGCAAUGUAUUAUAGGUAUAAAUUGGAAUUGACGAGAUUAGUGUAAAUACACGACGAAUAGUCGAUUUAAAAAGGCAUUGUUGUAAAUUUCCAUGUGGUCUUAAUGGAGAUCAAAGAACUGAGAAUGUAAUACAAAAGACGAACGAAAGAUUACGUUUUGUUCGGUCAAACAGAAAUUGGUUUUGCGCGAUUACAUUCAACUAAACGCGCCAUCUUUCGUCUUUAGUUUAACAUUCUAAGAACAAAAAUAUUUCGUGUUAUGUCUAUGCGUAGAGAUGUGAGUAGACUAAUUGACUAUGGACUAAAUAUCAUAGACUAUAGAAUAAUACACCUAUCAGAGGGUACCGUGACCGCAAUGCAUUGUAAUACGUCUGAAGAGAAAGAAAUACGCCAUAAUAAUGGUGUUGAUAAGAAGGCUUGUGGCUUGUUUAAAAAUUCAAAAUCGGUCUUAAUAGUAUACUAUUUCGUCUCUUUUCAUCACAACGCAAACAAAAUUUGAUAGAAAAAGACAAAUAGAUUUCGUUGAAACAGUGUAAUUUGGCUGUUGUUAUAAAAUGAUAAGCAAUAAAAUUAAUUUAACUUGAGCUAGAAGUUUGUAUACUUAGUUAUCUGUUUUAAAAAAAAUCUACAUCUUUCCAGUGUCAUACAAACAAAAUAAAAGUAUUAUUUUACUCAUUAUUUCAAAGUAAUUAUAAUUUUUGACGCAUGUAUAGUAAAAAGCUAUAUUUAUUUUUUAUUAUGUACAAAUGACUUUUGCGUUUUGCAUUUUUAAUCAUUAUAGUUAAUUUUAAUACAAUUAUUUUAGUAUCUACUAAUAAAAUUUAUAUACAUACGAAAAACCGGCAACUUUAAUACAAUAUUUUUAAUUUGACAUUUUUCAUGUCCAUUUUGCAAUUAUUCUAUGAAUUGCAAACAGGCAUAAUUAUUUUUUAAGUGAUUACAAAUAAUUAAGUUUUUCUUGCCUAUUUAUUAUAAAGGCAUUCUAUAGCUUGGUUUAUGAUUUAUGAAUUAUGUAUAAGAGAAUAGAGUGAACAAUGCCAUCAAAUAAUAUUUUAAGAAAGGCACAUUAGUGACCUAUACCCAUGUAGGACAAUUUGCAAAUAGCAUCUGAAAAAUGAAUUAAUUUUGAAUAAUCUAUUCGCAUUUCAACCGGUUUUCCGAUUAAAGGAGAAAAAAAUCUGAAAACUCACUGAAAAUGGUGAAUUAGUUGAAAUCCACUUUGUUAAUUUAAUAAGUAUUGAUCCAAUCUAUUCUCCUUUAACUGGGUUAAAGAUUUAUUUGGUAUCCUUAAACCUCCGUUUAGAUAAUUUUUAAUAAUUUGAAACGUUAAAUUAUUCGCGACAAUAAUUUGUCCUAUUAAGGACUCCUUAUCAAGACUGUUUUUUGGCUUUUAAAUUAAAUCAUUGCCAUAGGUCCUAGUCCUUAAAAAUGUUUUAGUAUUUGCAUUUGUGCCUUUACGUUGUAUAAGAAGAUUAUAUACUUGUUAUAUUGUUCGAAUUUGUUUGCUUAAUCUGUUUAUUGUUAUGUGAAAAAGAUCGCAUAUUUUUAACUUUGUUCAUGAAGAUGUUAAUAUUGAGUAUGCGACAGAUUUAACUAUCUUAAAGGCAAAAGCGAAAAAAUAAUUAGUCAAAAACAGCAUAUGUUUGGUAAUUCUAAUUCUAAAAUAAAUUUUACACAAUUUUUUAAUCAUAUUUUUUUUCCAAAAUAUUCUUUGCUGUGAAUUGUUUUUGUGCAAUUUUAAAUUGUGACUUGGACAUUUUACACUUGCCUUGUUGACUAAGCUAUGAAUAUGCGAUACACAAACAUCUAUAUUUAAUCAAUUGUAUAGACAUUAUAAGUGAGUGUCGAGGCAUAUUUUGUGAAAUAUCAGUACGGAAUACCAUACUUGGUUAUCAACGCAUAUCACCAUACAUAGAUUAAGUAAAAUUGCCAAAUGUAAAUAUGUUAGUUAAGUAUGGAUUGUGGACUUUAUAUCAAAUUAAUAGUAAUGUUUGGAUACAUAAGUAUAUCAUAAUAGGCCUGAAUUCAGGUACAAAACAGUAAGAUCUGUCUAUAAGCAGUAUGUCACAAUACAAAGUAAAAAAUGUUUCAUCAAUCUUACAUGCUGAAAGUUUUUAGAUAUUUCUUAUAAACCAUAUCAAAUUAUGAUUUACUUAUUUUUUAAACUACUUUGUUUAUAAUAAAUUUUAAAAUCAGUGCAACCAUUUUUCAUUGUCAAAUAGGUUUUUAGUAUGAAUUUAAAUAUAUGUUAGUUUUUUUUUUUUUAAUUUGAAAUAGAACAUUCUUGCAUCUGUAUUAACUAUAUACAUAAAUUUUUUAAUUUAUUCCAUAAGACAGAUUACUGUUUUGCAUCAACAACCUAUAAAGGGGUAUUUUAAAGGCCUACACAUACAGUCACAAUUUAUAUUACGUAAUAUAGCUGUAUAUUAUGUGCUCAGUUCUAUUUGUAUGUUAUUAGGAUAAGUGUCCACACGUUAGUGUAAUUUGUGAAAGUUUAUAGUUCUAGGCUAGUUUAGGUAUUCAAGUAGUCAUUAUAUGUGACUUCAACGAUUUAUCAUGUAUUUUUUAUUUUUAACAUGUCUGUUGAGAAUUGAUGUAUUAAAAUAUAUUUUCUAGA